AUGUCUGACAAACAACCAAAGGACCCAGGAGCUGUCCUCUGUGACAUGUGCACAGGGGAGGACAGGAAACCAGCACGGAAGACCUGCAUGAAAUGUGAGAUCUCCAUGUGCGUCCAGCACCUCCAGACCCACCUCACCAGUACUGUGUUACUCCAAACUCAUCCUCUGACCGAGCCAAUGGCCUCAGGGGAUGCAGGCUUAGGUGGCACCACUAAAUGCCCCCAGCAUGGCAAACUCCUGGAGUACUACUGCUUGGAUGACAUGACCUGUGUGUGUGUUUCCUGCGCCAUUGAAGACCAGCACCGUCUGCACAAUAUGAAGACCUUCUCCACUGCCCACAAAGAGCUCCUGGCGAAGCUCAACGAUGCCAGUCAGCAGGCCUUACUGGUGAAAGUUGAUUCCCAGAGUAUGAGUCUGGAAAAGUGGGAUAAGAGUGAAAGAGAGGAGCUGGGUCGCUCUUGCGUGCGUCUCAUUGAGGCUGUGACUAACCUACGUGACAUCACCCUGACCAGUGUCCAGAGUUCAGUCUCUGCCCGGAUGGUGUCCAUCAAAACCAGCAAGAGCAGCAUGCAAGCUGCACAGCAGGAGAAGGACACCUUCAGAUUCCUGCAGAUGUAUUCUCAGGUGCAUCAGGAUGUGGAGAAGGCCAAGGCUGUGGAUCUGAGGAAAGGGUUGGAGCCUGGCAGUGAUCGGGACAAACUGGUUCAGGAGAUAACACAGAACGAGGAUAUAAUGAUGAAGCAGGCAGGCCAAUUCUGGGGAUCCCUGCUGACUCUGGUUGAUCCAGAGAACCACCAGGAGCUCACUGCUCCUUGUUCUGACCUGAUCUUUGACCCACGGAGCUUUGGCCCUGGCAUGUUGCUGUCCAAAGACAAAAGGAAGGUUUUCUACAGCAGUUGGCAGGGGCAAGGCUCUGCCACUCUUCUGAUCAGUAGCACCCAGGCAGUUCCUAACAUUCAGAGGUGGAUGAUCAGACUUUCCCCAGACUGCAACUGGACCAUUGGUUUAUGUGACAAACAGUCUGCAAAGUCUACAAAUUGGAAGGAUGGACAUGUCUAUGGUCUGUGCUGCAAAGGUAACCAACUUAGCUCUCUCACAACAGAAUAUGAUGAGGCAUUAGUCAGUUGCCCUCUCACAACAGAAUAUGAUGAUGCAGGUCCUUUGGGGCUGGUGAACAAUGCCAAGGUUACACCACAGAAAACACGCAGGGUUUCCUCUGCAUUAAUCUCACAUCUGGGCAGAGAGGGAAACGAGGCCGUACCACGACCUAAAAUGGUUGAAGUGAUUUGGAACUCCGUCGCCUCCUCGCUGUCCUUCUUCAGCAGAACUGGACAGCACCAGAGGGAAGAAAUCAUCACGAUUAAGAUGAGCCUCAACAACUGGGACCUGGCCCCCUUUGUUCAACUAGAACCUCAAUAUUUUGAUGGUAUUAAAGUGCAGGUUUGGAAGUGCGAAUGUGGGAAGACUUGCUACAAGAGCAACAGAGGAUACAGUGAUCAACGUUACGGCCACCCUCAACAGGGUAAUUCAGUCACCAAUAACUGUUCCUGUGGAGCAGUUAUUGGUGACGUAUGCAUAAAUGUGGUUUGUGAACUUCAGUAA